CCAAAGACCAAUCAGAAGGAAGCUAACAGAUCCCAUUUUGAUACCCAUUAGAAUUUAUUUCUUGCUUUCUCCAUCGCUCUCUCUGCUUGCAAAUAGUGUGAUUACUCAGGACUGUUGUGGGAUAUGUAUGCACUCUGCUCUGUCAACAGUUGGUCUUAGAUGUAAAUAUCCUUUUGUGGCCGGUGUGCUCUUUCAAAGUUUUUUGGGUGCUGGAGGAACAUGGCCAUGAGGUCCGUGGCUGGGUGUGUGUUUCUGGCCUGCCUUUCAUUAGUUGUUUCUCAAUUCACUGACGAUGAUGACCCUAGUCUGCACCAGGGACCAGGACCCCACAAACACACACAUAAAAAGAAUGUAACAAUUGAAAUAUUAGUGGAGCAUGAAGACGAGCAUCCAACAGACACUCCCUGUGAUCAAGUCAUUGCCUGUCCCAUUCAUCUGUACUUCGUGUUGGACACCUCUGAGACCAUUGCUCUACAGGAGAGCCCACCAGGCAGUCUGGUACAGAGCGUGGCGAAAUGGACCGAGGCGUUUGCUGGGAAGCUCCAGGAGGAGGAGUACAAACGUCAGGUGAAGAUCAGCUGGUCGCUGGGGGGACUCCACUUCUCUCAGACACAAAAGAUCUUCAGCCAAAUCACCAGUAAAGAUCUCUUUCUCAAUAAUUUGAGGCCUAUCAACAAAUGGUCCCAGAUAUACCUGGGUAAAGGUACCUACACGGACUGUGCUCUGGACGAGAUGACUAAACAGAUGCACAGUAUCCCAGGUGAGCCAGACGCAGUCCGCUUUGCUGUUGUGGUCACGGACGGCCACGUGACUGGCGCCCCCUGUGGAGGAAUCAAGGAGUCCGCAGAGCGAGCUAGAGACCAGCGCAUCAGCCUGUUCUCAGUGGCAGCCUCCAAGGUGGCUGAGGAGAGUGGGAUGGUCCUGAUAGCCAGCUCUCCUGUUGGAGUGUACCGCUCAAACUACAUGGCCGUCAAUGUCACCACUGGCAGAAUAAUAGAAGCAUCCAUUAAUGAGAUAAUCCAAGCCAUGAAAUAUCAAGCCUACUUGCAGUGUUCCAAACUCCAGUGUCUGGAAUCUCCAGGACCUCCUGGGCCAAAAGGAAACAAAGGACCAAAGGGGGCGAAAGGAGGAGUUGGUUCUCCAGGAGGCAAAGGGGCCAAGGGAGAACAGGGAGACUCAGGAAUUGAAGGUCCAAUUGGUUUUCCAGGUCCAAAGGGUUUACCUGGUCUCAAAGGUGAAAAGGGUGAAUUUGGAUUCGAUGGAAAUAAGGGAAUGUCAGGAACUCCCGGCAAGAAUGGAACGCAUGGACAGAAGGGUAAAAUUGGUCGAAUCGGAACUUUUGGUUGUAAAGGAGAUCCGGGUGAGAGGGGCCCGGAUGGUUUCCCUGGAGCAUCUGGUGACAAAGGAGCACCAGGAGAUGCAGGGGAGAAGGGGGACCCGGGUCGUAAUGGAAGGCCAGGCCCUACUGGACCUCCGGGGGACAGUGGAGUACCGGGGGAUGAAGGCAUCUCAGGGAUUCCAGGGUCACCAGGAAACAAAGGAACACCAGGGUCUCCUGGUGAACAAGGACCUAAAGGACAGGAUGGGCGACCAGGAGAUAAUGGUCCCAAAGGACGUGUUGGACCAGACGGAACUAAGGGAGGCAAGGGAGAGCCUGGCCUGCAAGGAAAGCCAGGUCCUCAUGGCAACAUUGGCACUAAAGGUUCAAAGGGAGGUGCGGGUCUGCCAGGUCCAAGAGGAUUGCCAGGAGAAGAUGGGCCUGACGGACGGCCUGGAGCGCCUGGAGAACCUGGUGAUAGUGGAGACAGAGGAAACCCUGGAGAUCGCGGUGAAAAGGGUGACAAAGGAAGGGACGGAUUCAGCUACCCUGGACCACGAGGACCAACGGGUGAGCGAGGGGACAAAGGACGUCCAGGCCCUCGAGGAAGCAGAGGGAACUGUGGCAGCAAAGGAGAGUCUGGAAUCAAAGGACCAAACGGUGCCCCGGGCUACCCCGGACAGCAUGGGGAGAAUGGGAGCAGGGGACCUGAAGGCAAUCCUGGGAAGGCUGGAGAUCCCGGGCCAGAGGGAAACCCAGGGCUUACUGACUGUGAUGUCAUGAGCUACAUCCGAGAGACCUGUGGUUGUUGUGACUGUGAGAAGCUCUGUGGGGCGCUGGACAUCGUGUUUGUGAUUGACAGCUCAGAGUCUGUGGGUCUAACCAACUUCACCCUGGAGAAGAACUUUGUGAUCAACACCAUCAACCGACUGGGAUCCAUGGCAACACACCCCAACUCAGAGACAGGGACCAGGGUUGGUGUUGUCCAGUACAGUCACAAUGGGACCUUUGAGGCCAUCCACCUCAACGACUCUAGAAUUGACUCCAUGGGCGCGUUUAAGGAGGCUGUGAAAAACCUGCAGUGGAUCGCCGGGGGAACCUGGACACCGUCCGCGCUGAAGUUCGCCUACGACCACCUGAUCAGGGACAGCCGCCGGGCCAAAUCCAAGGUGUCAGUGGUGGUAAUCACGGAUGGACGGUUUGACCCGCGGGACGAUGACAAUCUGCUGGGAUACCUCUGCAAUUUUCCCAAUGUGGACGUGAGCGCAAUCGGGGUCGGAGACAUGUUCAACCUGGAGGGACAGCACGAGAGUCUGGAUUCCAUUGCCUGUAACAAACAUGAACGCGUGACACCGAUGACCCGCUUUGCUGAUCUGGUGGCUGAGAACUUUAUGGACAAAAUGGAGAAUGUUCUCUGCCCUGAGCCGAUAACAGUUUGUCCUGACCUGCCCUGCGCAUCAGAGCCAGAGGUUAUGCAGUGUGUCGACCGGCCUGUUGAUCUGGUGUUCCUCAUGGAUGGCUCAGAGCGUCUCGGCAUCAACAACUUCAAUCAAAUCCGCAGCUUUGUGGAAAAAGUGGCAACCCGCCUGACACUGGCUCGCAGCAAGAACGAUAACCAGGGUGUCCGCAUGGCGUUGCUGCAGUACGGAGGACAUAGGGAUCACCACUCCGCCUUCCACCUCACCCAUGACCUCCCAUCCAUCUUGGAGGGGCUGGAGAGCAUGGCCUACCAGGACAUGCCUUCUUCCAUUGUGGCGCCGGCCAUCAUACAUGCCCUGGACAGCGUCAGCAACAGCAGCCAGAUAAGGCGCGCCGCGGAGCUCAACUUUGUCUUCAUCACCGAUGGUGUCACCGGGAAACACGAGCUGCAGGAGGCAAUCGACAAAAUGCGGAAAAACCAGGUGGUCUCCACAGUGCUAACCAUGGGGAAGGAUGUGGAACACGAGGUAGUGGAGCAGCUGGCCUUAAAGGACAAGUACUCCAUCUUUGAAGGACAGGACUACCUUGAGCUUAACAAGCCCAACUUCCUGAAUCGCUUCAUUCAGUGGAUCUGUUAAAGGGAUCACUUAUCUGAACCGUCAGGUUUGAGCAAAUGUUGAGCUAAUUUUGAGAGUUACGGCUGAAUCAUUCUGCCUUCAGGUUGAUGUGAUGUUGGGGGUUAAUGGGUUAGGAUGUGGGUGGGUUAGGAUGUGUAUGGGUUAGGA